UGGUCGAGAGAGGGCUGACAAAAACAGCUUACGCCAUAUUUCAGUGGGACGACAAGAGCUUGAGACGUGUACAAAAAUGCUUAAAUAACACCAAGAUGGCGCAAAUGGAUGCUCUUGAAGACGCGUCCUCGAUCGAUACCAAGCCGGGUACGAGUAUCGCCGGCCCGCUGCGAAGUCGACCGUGCUCCAGCGAGAGGGACGCCCAGGUGAGGGACGUCCAAGCCGCCCUGCAGUCCCAGCUGGGGCCCUACGAGCGGCUGCUGACCUACCUGCAGUCGGUGCUGGUGUGGGAGAGACCCUUCCAGUGUGUGCUGCUCUACCUGCUGGUCAAUGUGCUCUUCUGGUUCUUUGCGCUGACAUCGCUACGUCUGUUGUUCCUGCUGGCUUCCGGUCUCGCUCUGCUGGUCUGUGUCGACACCUGGAAGAACCAGAUCUGGCCCAAGUUUCGAGCUAAAAGCGCGGAUGAAUUCGAAAGCGAAAGCUUACAUGGUAUACGUUUGUGUAGCUGGGGCCUGGUGCAGCCCGGCGUCCUCAGCGUGCCAGAGCUGUGCCACCACGUCGCCGAGGCCUGGGUCAGCGGGUUGGUUCUCGCAUCCAGCGCCUUGCAGUUCAAGCGACACAACCCCGGCAAGUUUUGCAUCCUGACCUGCAGCCUCUUUUCCUGUUUUGCCACGACGGGACGCUACAUUCCCGGAUUGGUGCUCUCCUACUUAACCGUGCUGGCAAUGCUGCUGGCCCCUCUGGUGGCCUACCACAGGCUGUUUCAGCGUGUGCUCGUGAAGCUGGACCCGGUCCUGCAGUGGCUGGACUUCAGCGGUCAUGGGUAUAUGAUGUCAAAGCCCUUUGACAACCAGUUCCUGCGCUUGCCUCUGCAUAGCGUCCUCUCGAGGGAAGGCAGUGACAGUGAGGAGGAGCUGGCGGAAUUCUGUCCAAAGUUUGACGACCUUAUAGUCACAAAGGAACUUGACUUGACCGACUCGGAGCACUCUGAUGCUGAAAUUUCCUACACUGACAACGGAACAUUUAACCUAUCCAGAGGCCCGACGCCGCUGACAGAGGGCUCUGAAGAUCUGGACAGACACAGUGACGCCGAGGAGUCCUUCGCUCAGGAUCUCACCGAUUUCCCCUCCAUUAACCCUGACGCCACCCUGAUGGACGACGACGACGACACCAGCAUCGGUCUGCCGAGCCACCGUGCCUCCGUGCUGGAUGUGGACGCUCACCUGGACUCUGACCAGGACGAUCUGGACUCUGAAGUCUCCCUCAGCAGCCUGACGACCGCCCCCAACUUCACGGGCGACCUGGCCGGGGUCAUCGCCAGCAACAUGAUCCAGGCUGCGCUGGUGAGCGCCAUGCAGCCCCGACGCCCCAGCGCCCACCGCAGGCAAGCCCCCCCGAGGGCGGGCACCCACCAUCGGAGCCACCGCAAACAGUCCAGCUCGGAGAUGGACACGGACUUGGACACGGAGGACUUUGAAAUGCUGGAUCAGUCUGAACUGAGCCAGAUGGAUCCCCUCGGAGAAGGGGCAGGACGGGGGCAGAGUCAGGGGUCCAACUUCCUGUCCAGCCUGCUGGGUAAACAACAGUAACAAUGUGUUUUAGAAAUUGUAUUAUUUGAGUUUCGCCUUUGUAGUCAGCUUUAAUCACUGUGAACCCCACCGCCCCCCCGUUGUUAUUCAUCAUCAGUCCUCCAGCUGAGCAACAGUAACUAUUGAUAUAAUAAUCAAUGAGCAUCUUUUUUGAGCCAUGCCCUCAUCGCUUUCCAAGUCUUUCUCAAGGAGGUCUAGACAAAAUAGGGCUAUUUAUGAACUUUGGGACCAAAUCCCACAUUCCCAUUGGAGCCAUCCAUGUUGCGGUCCCCACAUACAUCUUUUAUUCCUCUACAAAAUAUUGCAUAACUUGUGCUGCUGAUUUGACUUUUUAGUUAACUGCUGGUUUCCAAAGUUGAACUUGAUUCAUAUCUAAUUUUAGAAGACAAUCUUGUUAGGUUUGACACAUGUGAAAUAUUAUUUACAUGGACAUCUCAAUAAAUUAGAAUAUUGAU